CGGACUCGCCUGCCGCCGGAGGAGUCGCAGCCGCCUUCGGCCGCCCGGUUCGAUCGCGCCUUCCUUCGGGGCCGCCGGAGGGUGGGGAGCUGCUGGCCUUGGAAGCGGCGGGGGCCUUUGUUCGGCAGAGGAGGAGCCGCUGGCGCCACGUCCCUCCUGCUUUGCUGAGGCCUGAGUGACAUUCCCCUCUGCCUGUCACCCGACGAAGUUCUAUUGAGUCACAUACUGCCCAUCUUGUAUCGAUCAUCUUUCUUGCUUUCAAAGGAAGUCUUCCUUUCUGGUUGUCAGAUUGUUUCAUCCUGUGGAAGAAAGAAAAAUGUCUGCACUGGAGCCAAAUCAGAAGCCAGUGACCUUUGAGGAUGUGGCUGUGUAUUUCACGAAAGCAGAGUGGGCUUUGCUGGACCCAUCCCAAAGAGCUCUGUACAGGGACGUCAUGCUGAAGAUCUAUGAGAACAUGGCAUCCCUGGCGGGAUCCUCUCCUUUAAAGCCAGACCUGAUCUCCUGCCUGGAACAGGGGGAAGUGCUGUGGGCACCUGAUCCACAAGAAUACAGAGAAACUGAGAACCCAGGUGCUGGUUCAGGGAACAACAUCAUUUUCUACCCCCAUUUUCUCUUCACAAGAUUUCUGCAAGGUAAAUUGGCUGAGAUUGCAGUGAAUGUUCCAAGAUCACCUGGGGAACUUCAUGACUGAGUGGGAAUUGGAACCUGGGUCCUAGUCCAACACCCCAUCCCUGAUGGCACUGUGCUUCCACGCAGCAUUUUAUUAUGUCAUAUUUUAUCUUCUGUUUCUAAGAUGCUUUGAAUACUUUCAGCAGGAAAGCAAAUUAAAAACAAUUUCAAUUGAACGUGGGCAAACUUGGUAAAAACUAAUACAAAAUAUUUUCUAAUAAUAAUUCUGACAAAAUUUGCAAACGAUCAGUUUCUAAUAUUUAUGAAUUCAAGCAUCUUUCCUCUAAGGAGAGCAGGAUACUGUAUAGUAAGGGUGGGCAAACGUUGGCCUUGUGGGAUCUAUCUUGUUUUAAUUAGAACCACAAGAUCCACCAACUACAGUUCAGUGUAAAAGA